AUGGGCUGCGUAUUCGGCCGCCACUGUGACCCCGGAGUCCCAGACUCGUCCGUCCGCUACCGAUGGCACGUCGAUGCGUUUAUUCUUGACGAUGGAACCAACUCAGAGGUUUGUCAAUCAAAACAGAGGAAAACUAGAGUGGUGGAAAUAAGAUUUCCCGAUUUUCCUCCUUUACAUCAUUUUUUUUCCUCCUCUCCUCUAUUUUUAUCUUCCUUCUCUCAGAUCCGCCGCGGAGGAAUCGUCUACGUGGCAGAUGAGGCCAUCGUCUACCGUCCACGCCGUUUCGACUGCUCAAAACGCGGAGGAUCCUAUACUGCUGAGAUCCUGAACGUCCAGAAAACCAGCAAAGGCAAAACUUACACUCCGGACGUAGGGAGCAAAGAUGAAAGUGGAAACAUAUGCAUGAAUGAGUUUCAGAAUCAUCGAACAAUUAAGCGCAACAUCAUCUGGAUUGAAGUGAUGGAGGGGGAGAUUGCUCAGACUCUUGGAUUGGUGACCGUUGGGGACGUGCACAAGGUAGACGGCUGCUUUUUUAGUUGGCAAGUGAAAACUAUGUACUUUUUCCAGAUUUAUGAUGACAUCUGCGAUAUCAUCAACAAGCAUCGCGAGCGUCCGAAGAUUGUGCAGUACAACUCGAUCGACAUCGACGGAGUUGAGAUUGACCCGGUCUAG